CCCUCGCACAUUUUAUAGGGAGAACUUAUAAAGGUCAACUUGAACUGAUUUUCUUGAAGUUGUAAAGAUUUCCUCCCCAAGAAUUGGACGAUGGAGUGUUCCCACGUCAACGAUUCAGUAAAAAUUGGUCCACAGUUGAUCAGAACGAUUCGUACAGAGAAAUCUUCGCACUGGACUUGUUCAGUUUGUCGAUCRUCGAAAAGUUCUUGGAUUUGUCUACGAUGUGGUGCCAUCAACUGUGGAAGGUACGUCAAUGCUCAUGCAAAGGCUCAUCACGAGAAGAAUUCUCACCACUGUCUCUGUCUCGAUCAGAGUCUUGCCGCAUUUUGUUAYUCUUGUGACGAAUUUAUUAUAAACGAUAACAAGAGUGGAGAUAUUCAGAAGAUACGAGAGAUGAUUUUGGAGCAUCAAAAUAGUCCUAGAAAACGUAAAAUUCAAGCUGACGAUGAAUGCAAACAUCAUGGCAAAUCAAGAAAACACCCAGAAGUAGAUCAAGAAAAUGUUGGUAGAGUCAAACAGCUKCCAGGACUUAGAAAUCUUGGCAAUACAUGUUUCAUGAAUGCUAUUCUUCAAUCAUUAAGCAAUAUCCAGCCAUUUAGCUGUUAUUUCAAGGAUUUACCUGCAUUUGAAUUACGAUCAGAAAACUCYCUAAAAAAGAUGCCUUAUUUUACUAGGAGUAGAAAACCUGAUGAAGGGUGUCUUGUCGAAGAACUUCGAAAAGUUCUGUGUGCAUUAUGGCAAGGCGGAGGUGUUAGUCACUCACCAGAUUCACUAUUUCAUGUAGUGUGGAAGGUUGUACCUAGAUUCAGGGGAUACCAACAGCARGAUGCACAUGAAUUCAUGCAUUAUCUGCUGGACAGAGUACACACAGAGCUCAUAUUAUCACAGAAAGCCUGCUUUGGCAAAGAAACAAUAGUUACUGGAAUAUUUGGUGGAAUUUUACAAAGUGAAGUAACUUGUCUGACGUGCAUGACAGAAUCUAAGACACAAGAUCCAUUUUUAGAUCUUUCUCUAGAAAUUCCUCCUGCGUACCAAACUAGAAAGGGAAAGUCAAAGGAAAAUCCAUGCAAAAUUCAAGACUGUAUGACUCAUUUUGCAGAACUUGAAAACUUAGCRGAAUCAGAGUUGUACAUGUGUCCAAAUUGUAACUUGAAACAGAAAUCGACAAAGAAAUUUUGGAUUAAAAGACUACCAAAUGUGCUUUGUCUUCAACUGAAAAGAUUUCGUUUUCAAUCAUUUUUACGAACGAAGUUGGAAACUUAUGUACAAUUUCCAAUGAGAGGGCUUGACAUGUCACCAUACGUUCUUCAGGACAAAGAUGCCAGGAAGCCAAUAUUAUAUGACCUGGCAGCUGUUGUAGUACACCAUGGCAGUGGGGUAAGUGCUGGUCACUACACAACAUUUGCUUGUCAUGAUGGCUCCUGGUAUAACUUUAAUGACAGUAGUGUAACGCGAACAGAUGAAGACCACGUUUUGAAAUGCAAAGGAUACAUUUUCUUCUACACGAGACGGCAGCCCAACAUGUCAGUAAUAGAGAAACUUCGAGGUCAGAAUCCCAUUUGUAGAUAGACAAUAAUUUUCUUUGAAAUAUGUAAACUUCAUUAUGUACAGAUUUUCUAUUUUUUGAGUUUUAAUUAACAGAAUGUAAAAAAAAAGAACCUUGUCGAUAUAGUGGUAAAUAACUCAUUGUUGAAAAAUACAGUUUUUCUCUUGUAACAUCUGGUCGAGGAACAGAUUGUGAUAGUGAACAAUCAAGUUAAGAGCUAGUUAAUUAUAGAAGUAAUCCGAAAAACUGUUGAAAAACUGUACAAGUAGAGAAAAGAUAGGAUAUUUUACCGAAGUCACUCUAAUAUGUAAAAAAAUGCCAGAAGACACUUUGUUUACAAUUAAAAGUUUGAAAUGAUAUUGUUCGACAGUCACAAAGAAUCGAAAAUUGGUUUAGUGUACAGUGUACUGCCAUCUCUAUUGUUUCUGGAAUCCUAACGAGCAAAGUGCUCUCCAGCAAGUGUAAAUGAGAUUCUAAUAAACGGAAGCUCAUGAGUACGACUAAUUACAUCAAAUUCAGGACAUUUGAGAAUUGAAGUAUGAAGUAUUAGCCGAUUUGGUUAACUAYAAUUUAGUUCAACGMAGGGAUUUUUCAUCCUACAUAGACGAACAUAAAUGAAUCCUAGCCAAGAAGUCAAGUACCAGAAUUAUUGAUAUAACAAAAUACUCUUGGAUACUUGUAUAUUUUGUACAAAUGUUCGAGACAGUUUUCAGUGUAAUUAAUGAAGCCUUACCAAAGCCCUAAACUUUUAUUAUUAUUUUUUACCUUUUUGAAUUGACAAUUAGCAUGCAAUUGUAAGGAGCSGUUGKCGUUACUUCUAUUUCCAAUUUGUCUUUUUCUUGGUAAUGAGGUUAAGAACCUAUUCAAUUAACUGUCUUGWAAAGUAAUUAUCAUUUUUACUGACCAACAAA